GACGACAGACUCUGUUCCAUUCUCCUCCGUCACUUUUUUCUUCAUUGCCAAAAUAUGCAAAUGGCAUUCAGAGCAGCAUCGUCUCCUGUUUUUAGACGAGCCAAUAUAUCUCUCUUCUCACUUCCUCCUUAUAUCACUACAAAAUCCCCCUAUUCUAAAUUUCUUCCCAAUCCAAACCCUAAUCUGCUCAAUCAACAUGGACCAAGGUAUUCAAUUAGGGCAAUUAGUGGAACAACUGUGGCACCCAACAAGGAUAUUAAUGAAGAGAAAUCUCCUGAAAACUGGAAAAUUAAGAUGCUUUACGAUGGAGAGUGUCCCCUCUGCAUGCGUGAGGUUGACAUGCUAAGAGAGAGGAAUAAAAGUUAUGGAACAAUUAAAUUUCUUGACAUAAGUUCAGAUGAAUACCGCCCAGACGAGAAUGAAGGCCUAGAUUAUGAGACGGUUAUGGGAAGAAUACAUGCUAUACUAUCAGAUGGAACUGUGGUUACAGAUGUUGAGGCGUUUAGACGGCUGUAUGAAGCAGUUGGUUUAGGAUGGGUGUAUGCAAUUACAAAAUAUGAACCUAUUGCAACUAUUGCUGAUGCUGUGUAUGGAGUUUGGGCAAAAUAUCGUCUUCAAGUAACAGGUCGACCAUCUUUAGAAGAAGUUCUGAAGGCACGAAGGAAGAAGGAGGAAAUGUGUAAGGACAGCAAGGCUUGCAAAAUGUAGGAGUUCCUGAACCAGCAGGUGUUCAUUAAUGGAGUCAGAUCUACUUCUACGCUCUUGCUGAGGCUGAUAUGGUGUAAAAAUCCGGAAGACCUUACAGUUGCUUUAGUCUUUUUAGCAAUUACUAUAGAAUUAUAUACAGAGCAGUUGUUUCGGAUUGCAAGAAUAUAGCAUAUACUUGAGUAUACAGAAUCAACAGUGUAAUAAGAUACAUUUUGUUUCUCUAAACUGAUUCAAUAAACGGGAUUUAACACAAAAGGA